AUGGCCGAGAAAGUGUCCAAAGACAUCAAAGUCGCCGAGGAUGGCCUCGAGCCGACAAAGUCCUUCACGGCAGGCGAAGUCGCCCACCUCGACGAGUCUGAGGCCUUCCUUCAGGAGAACAACAUCACGGAAGAGUACCUCGCCGAGCUCGUCAACGACAAGGAGAAGAAUCGCCGCCUGGUCCGCAAGAUCGACCUCAUGAUCCUCCCGCUCCUGGCCGGCACCUACGUCUUGCAGUACAUUGACAAGCAGGCGCUAUCAUACGCCGCCGUCUUUGAUCUCUUCUCCAGCACGAGCGUCACGCAGACAGAGUACUCGUGGUUUGCGAGUAUCUUUUACCUGGCCUACCUGGUCGCUGAGUACCCAUGGGUCUACAUUGCGCAGAAGACGCGCAUGGGCAAGGUUGUGGCGGGAUGUGUGUUGUCGUGGGGUUCCGUUUUGAUGAUUACGGCUGCGUGCUCCAACUUCCCGGGACUUGCAGCGUGCCGUUUCUUGCUUGGAGUUUUUGAGGCGCCCAUCACGACGUGCUUCAUGAUGAUGGUUUCCAUGUGGUACGUGCGAUCGGAACAGCCCAUGCGAGCAGGACUCUUCUACUGCUGCAACGGUGUCGGCAGCAUGCUCGGCGGCGUUCUCAGCUAUGGCAUCGGCCAAAUUGACUCUUUCCCCGUCUGGAAGGCCGUCUUCCUCAUCUGCGGCGGCAUCACCGUCGUAUGGGGCGGCCUGCUCCUUGUCUUCCUCCCAGACAGCAUCCUGAGCGCCAAGAGAUUCUCCCUCGAGGAGCGAGCCCUCCUAGUCGGCCGCGCGCGUCUCGCAAAGACGGGCGUCCUCAACAAGACAAUCAAGUGGUACCAAGUCAAGGAGGCCUGCCUCGACCCCCAGGUCUGGCUGCUGACGCUCUUCGUCCUGCUCAACGAGGUCAUUAACGGCGGCGUGGCCAACUUUGGCAAGCUUAUCAUCAAGGGACUCGUCUCUGACCCGCUGCUGACCACGGCGCUGGGUAUCCCGCAGGGCGCGUUCCAGGUCUUUUGGAUUCUCACGGGUGCCUACACCGCGUCGAGGUUCCGCAACCAGCGCACAACCGUCAUGGCGGUGUGGCUCAUCCCCACCAUUAUCGGCUGCUGUAUGAUCUGGAAGCUGGACAGAACGCACUACAAAGUCGGCGUCCUGUUUGGCUACUACAUGAUUGGCUGCUACGUCGCAUCCCUGGUCCUGGCCCUGCAGAUGCCGGCGACGAACCUCGGAGGAUACACCAAGCGCAUCACGGCCUCGGCCAUUGUCUUCACGGCGUACUGCGUGGGUAACAUUAUUGGGCCUCAUGCGUUUUUGGCCAAGGAGGCGCCGUUGUACGAGACUGGGUGCAAGCUCAUUCUCGCGUGCUCUGCUUCGCAGGUGGCUAUUGCUACUGGGUUGCGGAUGCUGCUCAUUCGCCGUAACAAGCAGAGAGAUGCUGCUGCGGCGGCGGCUGGUAUCUCGCCGGAUGCUGAGCACGAGGACGAGGGUGUCGAUUUGACAGACAAGGAGAACCCCAACUUCCGUUAUGUAUUGUAA